AUGUCUAAUAGUCGCAUCGGAGUAACCACUGAAGAACUACGUCCUCAUCUGUUGUUUCAUACUAAAAUUGUAGAAGCUGUAAUCGAUCUCUAUCGCUUUUCCGAUUGGCGGAAACUAAUUCGCUGCACGGCUCAUGUUUUUCGCUACAUAAAUAAUCUGAAAUCCUGCGUAUAUAAAAAGAAUGUAACCAACGGACCACUGCAACGUCGAGAGCUAAGCGAUUCCGAAUGCUGCCUAUUUCGUAUGGCACAAAACUACACCUACGCUGACGAAAUCACCAUUCUCUCUAGAAACCGGCUUGCAGAGAAUCCAGACAAAACCAUUCCGAGAAACAGUCCAUUAUUUCACAAAUGUGUCUUCCUCGACGAGAACGAUGUUCUAAGGGUUCGAGGUCGAACACGAGCUUGCCAGUUUAUCGCCCGAGAUGCCGCUCAGCCAAUCAUUCUACCACGCGAGCACCCAAUCACACGGCUUAUUCUUCUUGAUUUUCACAAGCGGUUCAACCACCAGAAUCACGAGACGAUUCUCAAUGAAAUACGUCAACGUUUCCACGUUCCAAGACUGAAGGGAAUAUACAGGAAGGUACGCAGGGAGUGCCAAAAAUGCAAGAACGACCAAGCGUCUCCACAACCUCCCGCCAUGAGUGACCUGCCACCGUACCGUCUGGCUGUUUUCACAGGACCCUUCACAUACAUGGGGAUCGAUUAUUUCGGUCCCAUGACCGUCGUCAUUGGACGACGCUCAGAAAAAAGAUGGGGAGUGCUGGCAACAUGCCUCACAACUCGCGCUAUCCAUUUAGAACUAGCUCACACACUGACAACCGAUUCGUGUAUUCUAGCAAUACGUAACGUAGUGGCUAGGAGAGGGACACCUGCAGUUAUUUUUAGCGACCGUGGCACCAACUUCCAGGGCGCCAGUAAAGAAUUGAAAGAAGUGCUGCAAGACAUCAACCAAGAACAGCUCAUGCGGGAAUUCACAACAUCCAAUACGGAAUGGACUUUUAUACCGCCAGCUUCACCACACAUGGGCGGAGCGUGGGAGCGCUUGAUUGGCAGCGUAAAAUGCAACCUUCAUAAACUGCAGUGGAGGAAACUUCCCACGGAUGAAGUUCUUUACAGUACACUGCUAGAAAUUGAGAACAUUAUAAACUCGCGACCACUUACUGACAUCCCCAUGGACGACGAUGAAUCUCCAGUGCUGACACCAAACCACUUUUUGCUGGGGUCAUCAAAUGGACUAAAACCAUGGGUACAGUACAACGAUAACCCCAUCGUGCUCCGGAAUUCCUGGAGGCAAUCACAAGUUAUGGCCAAUGAAUUUUGGCGUCAAUGGUUAAGAGAUUAUCUCCCUGUAAUCACCCGUCGCACCAAGUGGUUCUUGAAGGUAAAACCGAUCCAAGUGAAUGAUGUGGUAGUCAUCGCAGAUCCCAAGGCCCCUCGCAAUAGUUGGCCUAUGGGACGAAUCAUCGCAACCAGAGCAGGACAGGACGGGCAAGUCAGGAGUGCCACCAUACAGACUAAUCAGGGCAUCUACGAACGUCCCGCGGUUAAACUCGCCGUACUCGACGUGGGCGUUAGGAACCAAUACGCCUCCGGAGAACCCUCUGCGCAUUCGGGGGGGGGGGAGUGUUAA